AGGUUUGACACAAGCAGGUUUAGAUUAACUCAAACAGGUAUGUGGAUUGAAAAUUUUAAAUUGAUCCAAAGCUAGAUUGUUAUACAUCAAUAGAAAGGGCUUCAAUACAGUAUUUUAAAGUAAAGAACUAAGGAUCAGUGUAAAGGAUCACCAAAGGAUCUACAUGAAAGGACAUCAAUUAAGCAUCAUUUAGGUCGUCUAUCCAAUUUGAGAUGCUCCAGAUCCAAAAUGGUUCCCAAUUUAGAAGAGAACUGCAUCAAGAGCGUCUUCGUGGGUAUGAAGAAAAGCUUGCAAGUAAUGAAUGGACUGCAACCAAAUUUCUUGAAGCUGCAUCAUUCCUCUGCAAGAAUAUGAAAAUGCCAAGUGAUCAGGAAGUUCAAGAACUCAUUGAACAGGAACAAAUUGUUGAUGAAGAAUCUCAAUCAAAUGGACAAGCUGCUGUGGUGGACAGACCAAUCAAAAAAGUCCGCAAAGUUUGCCUUGUAAACAAUCUUCGAGUUGUUGUUUUCCCUAGUCGCUAUCUUUGCCAAUGCCAGCGAUAUGCUAAAACCAUGCAAAGUAGUGCUACUAAUUACUGUCCAGUAUGCAGAGGACCAACAGCAGAUUUUAUAAAUGUGUUUAUUUAAUGUAUUAUUUAAUAUACUAUUACAUACAUUAAAAUUUUAAUUUA